AUGCUGGUGGCGGCUUUGCUGCGGCUGCUGCACCCGUUGGCGCUGCUGCUGAGCCCCAUAAGCAGCAGGCCGCCGCAGCAGCAGCAGCAACAACAGCAGCAGCAGCAGCAGUCCCCGAAGCAGGAGCAGCAGCAGUUUCUCGAAGAAGUAGACACCCCAACUUUGUGGCCUGCAGAUGGUCUCUCUGUGCUGUCUCUUCGUCGAGCGACAAGUUUUUCAGCAGGGGGUGGCAGCGGCUCCCCUGCUGCUGCUGCUGCUGCAGCUGCUGCUGCUGCUGCUGCGCAGCAGCAGCAGCAGCAGCAACCGCUGCGCUUCUCCGCCUCACUUCCCGACAUGAGCUCCUGCUGCGCCCUUGACGCAUCGCCUGUUCGUGCUGCGCUGCAGAAGCAAACAGAAGAGGGGAUGCCGCUGCUGCCGUCGAUAGCGGAGGACUCAGCUGUUGUUGCUGCAGCACCUGCUGCUGCUGCUGCUGCUGGGGGCGGUGCUGCUGAAGGCAGCGCCGCAGAGAAGCCGCGGCUGGGCCUACAGGGCGUUGCUGCUGCAGCAGGGAAGCUGCUGCAGGCGCUGGCGCUGCACGUGAUGCUUGUGGGUGCAACAUUUCGUUUGCUGCUGAAGCAGCAGCCCCUCGUGCUGCUGCUGACUUGCAUGCACUGUUCUUUCAAUGCAGCAAUGCAGGGAACUUCUUUGGCCUUCGUCAAGCACCAGCUCCGCUUCACUCACGACCAGGUCUCAUUCAUAAUGACUACUUUUGGAGCAGCAGGCAUCCUUGUUCAGGUGGUCUUGCUGCCAAUGGUGCUGCGCCACACCUCAACGCAGUGGCUGCUUUUCAUCUGCAGCGCAUGCAAUGUGCUGUACGCGGGGCUUUUCGUGGUUGGCACGUCUCCUUCCUGCAUUUUUGUCGCCUGUUUGUUCGGCGCCCUCGCCAGCGCCUCUCGAG